UUCCCUGCUUCAUCGUUGUUUUUUGAAUUUAAGACUACCUACAGUAUUAUUCCCAAUUACGCAAUUAACACACAGUACUUAGAAGACUAUGUAUUACUGUGAAUUCCUAGGUACUGCUUAAAAAUUGACGGGGUACUCAAUUCAAGUCUUACCUGGGAAACUUUUAUUUAAUUCCAUAGAAAAAAAAACUGUUCUUCAAACUUACUUAUUGUUAGCCUAGUGUUUGAUAUGUUAGGAUGAAAUAUGGAGAAAUUUCAAAUAUAAAACAAUUUUUUUAGAUUGGUGAUACAAUUACUACUUUUUAUUUUCUAAUACGUAACUCACUUCUCGCGAUUGUUAAAAGAUACCGUGGCGGCAGAGGUUAAAUUCUUAUUUGGGGUUGCAUAAUUUCUAACAGAGUGUAAUCAGUGUGGAAAUUUAGACAAUGGCCAGGAGAUUGGCUCUACACAAUUCUGCGUGCAAUGGUGACUUCUUUGAGUUUGAAGAAUGCGAACGCGAGCAUCAGAUUGGAAGAUUUUUUGGAUAUUGUGGUGAUCAUUUUAAACAGUUUCAACAAUGCUUGAAGGAUCAGAGAAAAAUACAGCAGCUACGUAAUAUCAGAAAAUCUCGUGAACAUUAUUCUAGAAAACAUAUUAAUCCAGAGCCUGAACAGUCGCAAGAAUAAUAUCCAAAAUGUCGAACACUGUGUUAGAACCUGUAGCUAGAAGUAUUGAAAUAACUAAUACUGUAGAAAGUGAAAAUACUACAAUACAAUUGGAUCCAAAUAAUGCUAAUGAAAAUUCAAACACUAUGAAGGAAACAAAUGAAAGUACUUUAAUGGUAAAAAUUACUGGCAAUGGUAUCAUUGAUGAUAACAAUGAGGAUCCUACUGUCUUCCCUGAUACAGAUGUUUCAACAAUGUUACAAGGAGCACAAUUUGAUGGGACUUUACCAAGCGUUACAGACCGCUAUUUUACUCCAUUUUAUUGUGUGGAUGUACAAAGACCAAGAGAUGACAUUUGUAUCAGAGUACAUAGUAAUCGAAUUUGUAUGAUUUCAUUAGCUCCAACUCAUACUGUAUUAGAGGAAAAUAAAAAGAUUAAGAGCAUAAGUUUUAAAGUCAGUGAUAAACUAGAUAGAGCCUCAAAUAAAGUAUCUGGUAAAGGUAAACAUGGUGCCCAGCCUUUACAGCCAAGUUCUAAUAUAUGUUCCAUAUCAUGUUACAAUGGAGAAGCAUAUAUGAUUAAGUGUUGUAUAACUGGUAAAUUAGUAGAAGUGAAUGAAUUACUGUUAGAACAUCCAGAGGCCCUGCUCGAGCCACCACACAAGGGUGGAUACUUGGCAAUUGCGCUACCAAACUUAAAACUUCUAGAAGCAAUGAAAGAAUCCUGGUUAACGCAAGAGGCUUAUGAAUCCUUCAUACUAGAACGACAAAACAAAGCUGACAAGGAUAAUAUAUUUAGCAAUACUUCAGAGGAACUAUUGAAGCAGAGUUUAAAAAGGAAAAGGGAUCCUGAGAGUCUUACAAGUAGCAGAGAGAAUAAAAUAACACGUGACAGUGAAGCAAAUAAAAAUUCUACAAGCUCAAAAGAAAUAACAUAGUCUUUAUACUCCUAAUAUAUAUGUACUAAGCUGACGUCUACUUUAUACUGAAAUAAAACAUUUACUAUAUGAUAAA